ACAGCAGUUGUGGAUCCGUUUCUGUAUCGUUAGUUAGGGUUUCAACUUUCAAGUUACUAAAACCUCCGUACACUCCCCCGAAUCUUUCUGGAAUCACUCAUCUUCUUCAACAUGAAGCUCACCGUUAAAACUCUCAAAGGGAGCCACUUUCAAAUUAGGGUUCAACCUUCCGACACUAUUAUGGCUGUAAAGAAAAAUAUUGAAGAGGUACAAGGAAAAGAUAAUUACCCGUGUGGGCAGCAGUUGUUGAUUCACAAUGGUAAGGUUUUGAAAGAUGAAACUACAUUGGUUGAUAACAAAGUCUCCGAGGAAGGUUUUCUUGUCGUCAUGCUUAGCAAGAGUAAAAGUUCUGGCUUGGGUGGAGUUUCAUCUGCUCAGCCUUCAUCAACAACUGCACCGGCUUCUAAUCCCACAAGCACGGCUGAUGCUUCUUCCCAACCUCCGGCUUCUAAAACCAGCACGUCUAGUUCUGGCCCAGCAACGGCACCCGCACCUGUAACUGGACCUGUUAUUUCUGAUACAUAUGGUCAAGCUGCUUCAAACGUGGUCACCAAUAAUAGCAUCGAACAAAAUGUUCAACACAUAUUGGAUAUAGGUGGUGGCAGUUGGGACAAGGAAACCGUUACCCGUGCCCUUCAAGCUGCUUACAACAAUCCGGAACGCGCAAUCGAUUAUUUGUACUCUGGUAUUCCAGAUACAGUAGAAGUUGCAGUCCCGUUGACUCAACUACCUGCAACGCAAACUGCUACCGCAAGUGCUGCACCUCUAUCUGGAGGGCCUAAUGCUUCUCCAUUGAACUUAUUUCCUCAGGAAAUACCUUCAGGCGCUGCAGGUGGCAAUCUUGGAUCCCUUGAUUUUCUUAGAAACAGCCAACAGUUUCAAGCAUUGCGAUCUAUGGUACAAUCAAAUCCACAAAUAUUACAGCCCAUGCUUCAGGAGCUGGGAAAGCAAAACCCUCAGCUUUUAGGACUAAUCCAAGAAAACCAUACCGAGUUUCUUCAACUAAUCAACGAACCUGUUGAUGCUUCAGAAGGGGAUCUGUUUGAUCAAGGAGAUCAGGAGAUGCCUCAUGCGAUUAGUGUUACUCCAGAAGAACAGGAGGCCAUUGAACGGCUUGAGGCAAUGGGCUUUGAUAGAACCCUUGUUAUUGAGGCGUUUUUAGCAUGUGAUCGUAAUGAGGAAUUGGCUGCCAAUUUUUUGUUGGAGAAUGCUGGUGACUAUGAAGACUAAACAGCAGGCAUCGGUGUCUCCUGAAAGGUGAUUUGACUUGAAGAUGAAUAUGGUAAUUUGGAGUUAGUUUUUUUUUAACAGCAGAGCCGGAUUUAGGUUGGUGAUUAAUACAGGCUGGACGUUUAUUCUAUUGUCCAUGGAACUGUUUUUUUUUUUUCCUUGUGUACUUUUUUUUUCUUUCUAUUUUGUGCUUAUCCCAAAUAUGAAGGGAUGAAGAGGAUUUUGUUUGUGCACGAGGUGAAUUGUGUGUGGUCUGACCAGUUUGAUACUGCAAAUGUCCCAACUUCCAUUUUUUAUAGUGGUCCAUUUUUAUUUUCAUUU